AUGGAACAUCCUUGGAGUUCAAGUGCCACUGCCAGCUUGAUGAUGUUCAAAUUGAACAUUUUGCCAUUUUGGUGUUGUGAGACAUUUCGGAGAAGUUCUAACUCUUUUUCCACUAUACCGAGCAGUCUUGGUUCGAUCACAGGCUCACAACUACUCAGUUCGAUCAGACCUCAGCCACCUUUUCAAACAGGUCAUCCUUCCCUCGAUCUCUUAUUUAACAAUAGAUCAUUGAAAAGGAGACAUGAAGCAAUCGAAUUGGUACCAUCCUCACCCGCCGGUCUGUCUCGUCGACAACACCUUCAGAUCGAGGGUCCACCUGGCGUAGGCAAGACUAAAGUUGCAAUCGGAAUUGCGGUUCGAGCUCGGACGGCUAGCCUGAUAACACGUCGUGCAGAAGAAGUCGAAGUGCUUUAUAUCGAUGCGGAUGGAAGUGCGCCAGCGAGAUUAUUUGAGGAUUCGGCUCAAGGUGUAGUAGAAGAGCUACAAGAAAAUCGGGAUGGUUUGAUCGAUCGAAUCUGUGAAGGAAUUCACCUCGUUCGAAUCACUUCUACUGCCGACUUGAUCUUCUUCUUCCUUCGUUUGUCACGUUGGUUAGCUGAACACCCCAAGACCAAAAUGAUAGUUCUGGAUUCCCUCACUGCCCAUACUAAAUAUGUUAGUAUGACCAUUGAAGAAAGAGCAUUAGUAGGACAGCAUAUCCGAGAAGCUAUCAAGUUUGCCACAACAUCUUUCAAUUGCACUGUGAUCAUGACCACUCAACCUACAAAAAAGGGGACCCCGGGAAACACUAUUCUACUCACACCUGAAUUUAGACCAAGUUCAGCUUGGUCUUCAUUACCUUCGAUUUUGAAAUUACGAAUGAGAUUUGAAUCUAAUGGAACAAGAAAGGCAGCAGUCAUCGAACAAGAUUCCUCACCAAAUGCCCUUGGUCGAUUCAAGGGUGAAGUAAUCUUUGAACUCAAUAAUAUUGGAAUUUGUGAACCCAGACAAUCUCAAUCACAAGCUACAUAA